AUGGAUAUUAUCCUCAUUUCGUCUUACUUAUUCUACAUGAUACCAUGUUCUUAUGCUGAAACUCAUAUUUUCCCCGGAGGUAAGUAUGGAGUUAUCGGACAGCUCGCAAUCUUCUGUCAUGUUUGGUCAUGGAUCUCCGUAACAAUUCUCAAUAUAUUCAUGGCGAUCAAUAGAUUCAUUGUCUUCUGCUGCCCACACUACGAUAUAUUCUCAUAUAGGAACACGGGGAUUAUAACAGUCUUAAUAAUUGUAAUAAGCUCCAUAUUGGCGGCAGUAGCACAGUACGUUCUCCCCUGUUGCACCAUGAUCUUCAACAUACAUUUUAUCGCUCAUGCCUAUGUGACGAUUCCAGAUAUAAGUAAUUAUUCAAAUUACUUAGUAGAGUCUCCACUUAACGUGAUGUCAUCUUGCGUAGCUGCCAUAUGUUAUACAUCCAUAUUCUUUCAUCUGCAGAGAGCUUCCCGACUAACUUCUGAUGAAAAUGGUAGUAAACAGAGUAGAGAUAUACGUUUGGCUGUCCAGUUUUUUGCCAUUUCUCUCUUUCAUUUCAUCGAAUGGACUUCCUUCAGACUUCUGCCUUUUUUCAUCAAUAUGAAUGCUCAUGUGUUCAAUCCACUCUACUUGAUAGUUGGACUCAGUAUCACAGCUAAUGCUACAAUGAACAGCCUCAUUUAUAUUAUAUUCAACAAAGAAAUAAAAAAUCAAAUGAGAAUCAUGUACUGCCGAAAUGAACGACAACAAACUGUUACAGUAACUCCAUUGUCAAAAUAG